GGAAACUAACCGGCGCAGAACACUGCUGGAGGCCAGCCCAGCUAGCACACCUCAGGAAGACCAGCCUGCUAGAUUACCAAAGUAAAGAGAAACAAUAAAUCAAUCUCAACAUGUCAACACGAGGCAAACGUACAGGUUCCCUGGAGACCGAUAUUGAGAGAGCCAGAGAAGAAGGGAAUUGGAAAAAAGUAAUCGAGCUUGCCAACCUGCUUAAAGACAAAGAUAAACAAAAUGAGGCACUUGGCUGGUUUCUUAUUGGAGAAGGGAAACUAGAAGAACAUUUAGAGGAGUUCCCCCCUCUUCUGGAGAACAGUAGCACUGAGAGUUCUAGAGAUGUGAGAUUAAAGGAUGCUAAGGCUUGUCUGGAACGUACAGUGGGAGAGGAUGCCGCAAAGAUUGGUGUACAUCUGGAUUCCUGGAUACUCUUGGCUAAACUACACUUCGCUGUCGGAAACUUCAGCGAGUCACUCAAAUUUUAUGAGAAGUCUAAGCUGGAAACGCUUGAAGAGAAGAAACUGCCUCCGCGGAGCCUGAAGAUCAUUGCUGAAGCAUUUGCCAUCAAAGGAAUGUGUUUUGAGAAGAUUCCAAUCCAAACUACCAGCAAGAGUAAACUUUUGGAUCGAGAAAACAAAAUUACAAAGUGUUAUGAGCUUUCAGGGGACCUUGCACUCUUAUAUCUACAGGAGAUAGACAGUGUAUCACGACGAGGGUAUGCCCAGAGUACGCUCUCUAUGCAGAGUGUAGGGGUUGUGGGAAAUAGUAGUUCACCAGUUCCACCCUAUGUUGAGCAUAAACUUGGCCCUAUCCUGGAGAAUGCAAUGUUAAAGGCUCCACAAAUCUACCUCAAAACCGGCAAAAUAGAGAAGGCAAUUGCCAGGUUCCGAGCAAUGUUGAGUGCUGAGGAGACGAGGAGUACGACUAGUGUAAGAUUGGGUCUGGCUAAACAGCUGGCUGAAACUCUCAUUCAUAGCAUCAGUGAUAAAAAGUACUCGGUCCCGGACACUGAGUCUCCUAAACGGGUGAACUCACGGCAAAGUGCCGGUAUGGGGGAGUCACCUUGGAAACCUAAACGAUUCUCAAACUCAAACCAGUUCCUACCUGUAAACAAACAAGAAGAGAUUGUGCUUCUGCUGCUGCUGUGUGAAGCGAUGGUGAGCAAGCAUGUUCCUUUAAAUCAGAAUCCAGAAUAUGAUGCGCAUAGAACCAACACGAUGCACGGAGCCACUUCAGUUUUCAAUCUCAUGAAUUUAGCUAUGGCACGGUUUGGACAUUUCCGCACACUGUGUGAGAUGUUUGAACGAUCUCUACGGUUUGCUCCUAAAGAAGAACAUAUAUGGGCGCAGUUUGCUCUCUCACUAGCUUGCGAUGGGAGAUCUCUACGAUGUGUUGUAGUUUUAAAGGAGGUUGCUGAAAUGGAUCCAGAGGAUGCUUCUCCCUGUCUUGUUGCAGCCAGGAUUUGCUUUGAGAGAUUGAACCUACUGGCAGAGGGUAUUGAGUGGGCGGAGAGGGCAUUAAUCAGAGAGGAGGAAUAUCCACAAGAUCUACGAUCACGAUGUCAUCUGUAUAUCGGUAUCGGACACUAUCUUAAAUCUACUGAUGUCGAGACUAGGGAGGCCAGACAGAACUUUGCACAGUCUGCUCUUCAUCAUCUGCAAAUCAGUAUUGAUCUUGAUCCUGGAGAUCAUUUAGCGCAUUUUUAUUUGGCUCUUCACCUCGCAUCUCUUAGACGGAUUCCGGAAGCAUUUAUUCAUGUAAACAAGGCUAUUCAGCUUAAUCCAGUUCAUUUACAGAGCCUACAUCUUGCAACACUAGUCAUUUCCGCGAAGGGAGAUUUUGAUGAAGCCUUGAAACUUUGUGAACAGACGCUCCUCGAAUAUCCUGAAAACCUUCCCUUACUUGCUCUAAGAGCAAGGUUAGAGGAGCAAGUGUACGGGGGAGAUGUUGCUCUGAGAACUGCUAGAUAUAUGUUCAACCUACUCCGAGACCUGGGAGAAAUCAGUGCUUCAUCAACAGACUCAGGAAUAGGGAUUGAAGGAGAAACCCGGAGUAUGGUGGCCGCCAAUUAUUCUCAUUGGGACACACUGUCAGAUAAAGAUAGUGUUUCUCUCCAGGCCCAGUCUGUAGCAGCCAGUCAGGUGGAGAAAACACUUAGUGAAGUAGCAAGCAGUCUCAGUGCUGGGGUUACAAAAAAUAGUACACAUGAGACUGCUUACAAUCAAAUAAGAACCUGGCUGCUGACCGCUGAACUCUAUUUACGCCAAGAUCAAGUCGAGGCAGCUCAGCAAUGCUGUAAUGAGGCCCGUCAGCUGUACCCCCUCUCCUACCAUAUUCUUUAUCUUAAAGGAGCAAUUCAUCAGUAUCGUGACGAAUGGGAGUCUGCUAAAACCUGUUUUGAAGACAGUUUGUCAAUAAAUCCACAUCACAUCUCCAGCCUUCAAUCCUUGGGUCUUACUCACCUCAAAUUAGGAUCCCCCAGAUUAGCUGAGCUGGUUCUACGAGCAGCAAUUAGACUCCAGCCUCAUGAUCCUGUUUCAUGGACGUACUUUGUUCAUCUAUCUUUUCAUCCCUUUCAUCUCUAA